AUGGGUAAGAUGCACACGAACGAUUCAUCUGCCUCAGCGAUGUUACAAAGUUUGGCUGACGACGAUUUCCGCAAUCUUUUGAAUACUGCAGCAAAACCGCAAUAUGGUAGCCUUCAAAGAAAAAGAAAGAAAUCUCAAAAAACAGCGGAAUACGGUGGUCGUCGCCUGAGUGAUGCAGGUGAAAAUACUGGCUUAUCAGCAGAAGCGGACAAUUUACUCGCACAAUUUCGACGUGAAGCAGAACUAAAUCAGCGAAACGCGGAUAUUGAAAGAGGAAAGCAACAACGUACAAUAACGGCGUUUAUUAAAGAAGCUGCAGCUACGUCACGUGCACGUGAACUUCUGGAGAAGUAUACCGAAGCUGAAAACUGGGAAACACAUCUAACAUCAAAACAUAGCAAAUAUGGAAAUAGUAAUGCUAGUAAUGAUCACAACACCAAAAAUUUGGUCAGAAUUAAUUUGACAUCAAGUAGACCAUCCAAGAUUGCUGUGGAACAAAAAAUUAUUCAUGCAGUGACCAAUAGUAAUACUAUAAAUACUAAUAGUAAUAACUAUAUUUCGAGUGAUAUUUCACGUGCAACGCAAACAGUUGAUAAGCCAUCUGGUGUUGUAAAUUUCAAUAAGUUGAAUUCUGUAUCAUCAGUUGAAAAUGGAUAUUUGGAUACGAAUAAAAUAGCAUACAUUGAUGAGGAUGAACGUGUAAUUGAUUCCUUUCGCUCUUUAAAUAUGCAUAGUGGAGAGAAUCAAAGUGGGCAUAUGAAUGGUGGUAAUUUCAAGAAUCUUUAUACACAAGGCAAUUCAGUUCGAGAGAUUCGAGCGCUAAACGAUAGCGAUGACGAUGAAGUGAUGGUGAAUAUUAUGUCGAAAGUUUCAAAAAAGGAAAGCGAAAAUAUUUCAAAUGUUGAAGCAAUUAUUGAUAGAAUUCCAAAAAGUAUUGAAGCUAGUGCAACUACUGAUGCUCAAGGGAAGCAUGAUGAUAAUCCAUUUGCUUAUUCAGCAGGACAAUUACGUUUACAUGGAAAUCGAGUUGGUACAUAUGAUAUGCAAAAAUCUCGUUCAUUAGGAGUUAAAAGGGAUAUUUUAGCAACUGAUGUUAACUUCAUACCGGAUAAUACAUGUAAUUCGAUAUUAGCGCGAGAUUUGGUACCGGCAAAUUUUGAUGGACGUGAAACUUACGCUAGAGGACUUUUGGAUCCAACGGAGGACACUCGCCUUAAUCCGCAGCAGACAAAUUUGGAUAACGAAAUGGCCAAUCUGAAAAAUCAACCAGACAAAUGCGCAAUUGCUAAAAGACGCAAAGAGAAUAAAAAAGCGAAAGAAGCAAAAAAUAGUUAUGUUGUUGAACCGAAAGAUGGCUAUAUGGGUAAUUUAUCACCUGAAGAAAUAUUGAAGCGGAUCGAGGGAGAUGACAAAGGGAAAGUUAAAGGAAAUCAAAAGAAUGGAACAAAUGCGUCUAAGGAUCAUUCUACUGUUGUAGCGAACGGUUCUAAAAAUAGUGGUGGUCGUAAAAGAGGUGACAAAAAAGAUCGACAAGCAGAUAAGGCUGCAAGACGCUCUGCCAUAACUGAUAAAGAGAUAGCUGAACUCUCAACCAACAUGGAAACAUUAAAUAUAGAAAAAGGAGAGAUGGUUGUUGUGGAGGGAACUACCCAUGUACCUGAACAUGGAUCAUUAACGACGGAGACGAGAACAUCGAAGACGGAAGUCGUAACAUUAUCACCUGAUAAGGUAGAAGAAACUGGGAGUGGUGUUAUGAUCGCAGCGAAGAGCACAGUGGAUGAAGGUAUGGACGAUGAAGAGCAAUAUUUGAGUGCCGAUGAAGGUGCAAAUUCCAACUUCUCCGAUGACAUCAAAACUGAGUUGCAGUAUCAUACGGAUGAACAAUCCGGUGCUUCUGGUUCACGCGACUUUAUAAGUGAUGGCGCCAAUUAUCGUGCUGAUGAUGAAGAAAUAAAUCCUUUACCAGUAACAUCCGAAGAAUCUGAAUUUAUUCAGGUCACUGCUAAGAGUAAGAGGAAAGGUGCUACUGCUCUGACUCAACAUCAACAACAAACUACGGGAUCGGGAAUGGAUAGGAAGAACGUGUACUUCAAUAGCACGACAGAUCGAGGUGCUAGGACAAAUGUAAGGCGUGAUGCAGAUAGAUUGCGACGAAGCUCAGUACAACUACCACCGGACAGCCGUAGAAACCAACUAUCUUCACGUGGAAACACUUCUCCAUCAUCGGUUGAUUGCGAGAGUUUUCAAAAAUAUUCGACUCCUCCACGACUUCGGAUGUUAAUUUCAGAUGUUGUUGAUAAUACUCUUAUGAAAGCACAAGAGAACAAGAGUGGAAAAAGUCAACUUAUCGGCAUCACUGAUAGUGCUCGUCCAGAGCAGCAAAGACAGCAGGAGCAUUCUAAAUUUGCUACCUCAGUAUCGAUGAACAAGAAGGGAAAAUGUGGGUUACCAUCUUCCCUUCAAACAAGUCGAACAGCAUCACCUGAUCAUCGUAGCAGUCAACCGUUGACUUUAAAAUAUUCUGUCGCUGCUGGAAGCAGUGGCUCUUCACCGGCUGUUGCAUCUCUUUCGGAAAGUUUGUCAGAUGCGAAGUGCAAAAUAACGGAGCAGCAUAUUGGCAGUGGUACUAUUCCUAAUACAAAAGCUCCAGCUCAACAAUCUUGGGCAGAUAUAGCCAAGCGACGAUUGUACGAUAAUGUUGAAACACGUCCAAGUGAAGCACCUCUUGCAUCGUUGGAUCUUCGUGCAUCGAUCAAAGAAGAACAUUCCGUUAGUGGGAUUUCCAUUUCUGGUCAUAUGGAAAGUGAAGAAAAGCCGGGAUAUAGCAAGCAAAAGCGAACUGUAAGUGUGGAAUCGGUAAGCAGUGACCCAGCAGUGAAAGAUUAUUCCUUCUUUUUUGAUCCAAACGAAGCUGCUGGAACUGUGUCGAAAGAAUCAGAAUCGAAGAGUUCUAAAACUAUGCCAAAGGAAACUGACGAGGAUUCGAAGGCUUUUAAACCUCGAUGUUCCGGGAUAGUGCUCAAUUUGGAUGGAGGUCGUCAAGUUGUUCUUCCGGAAAGUGAUGCAUCAGCUGCAGGUUCACCAACCGUUGUCGAUAUAAGGCAACGACCUGAAAUAAUAACAGCGAUUGGAAUGUGGAAAUGUUUCCAGUCCACAGAACAUCCAACAGAAGUAAUAACGACAUACAAAGAAUAUAAAGAACGAAAAGAGAGAUUAGAGAAGCAGAAACGGGUAUCAAAUGAACAAAAAAAGAAGGAAGAAAUGACAAAAGAGGGUGACAAAGGCGUAGGAGGAUCGAAAUGA